GUACAACGGCUAAAAGGUCAAACCGAGCAGUCGACCUCAAGGAACACACAUAACAUCGUCAGGCCGUCAAUACAAGUAUAACCUUUGGACAUAAACAACGAGCUAUCGCAAAGCGCUCGAGUGUGAGCCAUGGGACUCGUACUGUCUCGUAUACUAAAACUCUUCUCAGGAAACCAAAAAGUGCGAAUUCUUAUGCUAGGUCUGGACGCGGCCGGAAAAACAACAAUUCUGUACAAACUUAAGCUCAAAGAGACCGUGAAUACUGUUCCGACGGUGGCAUUUAAUGUAGAGACUAUUUCCCCGUGCAAGAAUAUUACUUUCUCUGUUUGGGACAUCGGAGGACAAGAUAAAAUUCGACGUUUAUGGAGGCAUUAUUUCCAGGGUGCGGAAGGAAUCAUUUUUGUGGUUGACAGUGCGGAUAAAGAAAGGAUAUUCGAGGUUAGAGAGGAACUAACUCGAGUUUUACAACACAGUGAACUAAACGGCGUCCCUGUUGUUGUUGUGGCGAAUAAACAGGAUUUGCUGGGGGCAAUUGGACCGGAUAAAAUGGCCGAAGAACUGUCUCUUUAUAAGCACACAAAGAAUCCUUGGCGGGUCCAGGGAACAUGUGCCACCGCAGGAGAUGGCUUGUACGAGGCGAUGGAAGCACUCGCGAAAAUGGUAAAGGCUUAUCAAGGCAGGCGCAUUAGAUAGACUUAUAGCUUGCGCAGAAGUGUCUGCUUUAUUGUUUACAAGGGCAAAUAACACAAUACGGAUAUAGUGGACAGAUUUGAAUGAUUAUGGACUUGGACUCUGCGCGUGAGCUGGAUUCACGCAAAUGCGAUUAUUUCUGAGUUUUUAAACCAGUUGAUUGUUAGCGCCGGCAAAUAUUAACCCCGUGAGGUCAUGUUUACCUCGAGAAUUUCACGAUAUAUUAGUUCAGGACCGAUAUCGCGUGAUAUGCGAAAUAUUAUUUCGAAUAUAUCAUAUAUUGUAUAUUUGUAAUUACUGGAACUGUCUUUUGCAGAUAUAAUAAUUUUAGUGUGUUAUUCUUUUCGAUUAACGGCUUUUAAAAAGCCAUAUUUUAAGUAAUCAUUACCGUUUACUUAUUUUGUUUGCUGUACAAUACAUCUCCAUUAAGGCGUGACGCGACUUAUGUCCGCACCCCUUUACGUAGGGUUGCGUGACGAGGACAAAAAAGCGACCGAACAGUUGAUCGGACACCAGAUUUUUACGCGGCCGAAGAAAGAAAUCGCUUUAAGAACCUUUAUGAUAUCUGACGAAAUUCCGCUAAAACGAAAAGGAAAACAAUUAGUUACCUUAUUCCUUCAGAUAUCAUCGGUUCCAGUGUUUUCCCUUCCUAAAGGACUUAUGAUGCACAAGAAUUGUUUGAACAAAUUUUGACGUACUUGAUUGCGAAUUCUUAAUGCUAUAAAACCUGUCAAAGGUGGUUUUCAGGUCCAAAGAUUACUGAUACUGUAGCAAGUUCUGAGGGUACUUAUCUGAUAGUGAAUGUAAACAAUGAAAAAAAGAAAAUUUAAGGACAUGGCCGAGAACCGAACCUCA